AUGUCGGAACUUGCCAAAACGUUUUUUGCCUUUGGCAAACAGAAGGUACAGCCUCUUGAUAACAAGGGGCAGGCGGACCAGAACAACGGGUUUUCCAAAACUAAUGGUCCUUCUUUCCCGUCCGAGAUGAUCCCGCAGCCGGCAACUCCCACGAUCGCCUUGAGCGAGAAUUCGUUUGCCGUGGGAACCACCAUCAAGGGGGAAGAGAAUGCCCUUAAUAGAAGUAUUACAAAUCUGGACCAGACACAGCAAAGCAGCAACCUUACAGCCCAGCUGUCCACCAACAUAUCACAUCCGAUCGAAACAGCCGCUGCAGGUUUGCCUGUUGCCAACGCUGCUGACGCUUCCACGUCCAUUCCCCGUGGCAAGCUGAGAGUCAGCAUCAUCGAAGCCGUGGGACUUAACGUGACGUCGGAAAAUUCGCUUCCAUACGUUGUGUGCACCUUCGAAAGUUCCGAGUUUGUGACCCAAGGUCCGGAGUCGUUUGAGCAGUCCAAGGACAGUUCCUCGCCUUUGGUGAAGCCUCACGGCAACCAGCUACCGGGUAAGCGAGUUCCCUUGGUUCGCACGCAGACUUCUUCCCAGUACAAUCUAAACAUCAUGCCACACAACUACAACUCGUCGAACCCGAUAUGGCACCACAAGGCCAUUUUCGACGUUGUUGGGGCCAAGUCAGAACUCGACAUUUCUGUCUAUGACUCAGCACAAAAUGACCAUUUUCUGGGGCAUGUCAGAAUCAGACCACAAACUAUCCAAGAAACAAGAUCUGAGCAGUGGCUUGAGCUAGAGCCGCGGAUCAACACUGAGUUCGUCAGUGGUAAAAUAAAAGUCCAGGUCGAAUAUUCAAACACGGGCAAGAGACAUUACGGACCAGAGGAUUUCGAAAUUUUGAGACUCUUGGGUAAAGGAACAUUCGGCCAGGUGUUCCAAGUGAAAAAGAAAGAUACGGGAAGAAUCUAUGCUAUGAAAGUGCUGUCGAAAAAGAUCAUUGUCAGAAAGAAAGAGAUUGCACACACCAUUGGCGAGCGAGACAUUUUGGUGCGCACGUCGAGUGCAGAAUCGGCCUUCAUCGUGGGACUCAAGUUCUCGUUCCAGACUCCAGUGGACUUGUACUUGGUCACGGACUUUAUGUCUGGAGGAGAGCUGUUUUGGCAUUUACAAAAAGAAGGCAGAUUUUCAGAGGAUAGAGCCAAGUUCUACAUUGCUGAGUUGGUUCUGGCAUUGGAACAUCUUCACGAUAACGACAUCGUUUACCGUGAUCUGAAACCCGAGAACAUCCUCCUGGAUGCUAACGGACACAUUGCGUUAUGUGACUUUGGACUAUCGAAAGCCAACUUGACGUCCAACGGAACGACAAACACUUUCUGUGGUACCACUGAAUACCUUGCUCCUGAAGUUUUGUUGGACGAGUCCGGAUACACAAAGAUGGUUGACUUUUGGUCACUGGGUGUUUUAAUUUUUGAGAUGUGCUGCGGAUGGUCGCCGUUCUAUGCUGACAACACCCAGCAGAUGUACAAGAACAUUGCUUUUGGAAAAGUGCGGUUCCCUAAAGAGAUUCUAUCGCCCGAAGGACGCUCUUUUGUGAAGGGUCUUUUGAAUAGAAACCCUCGUCAUAGAUUGGGAGCCAUUAAUGAUGCAAGAGAAUUGAGAGCACAUCCAUUUUUCAACGAUAUUGACUGGGCUUUACUGAGACAGAAGAAGAUUCCACCACCAUUCAUUCCGCAUAUUGCAAACGAACUAGACACAUCCAACUUUGAUCCUGAAUUCACCAACACCUCGACCUCUGUUAUCAACAAACAGCUAUCGAUGGGCACUCCGCUGUCUUCUGCUGUUCAAGAAAACUUUAAAGGAUUUACUUAUGUUGAUGAUUCGAUGAUGUUUGAUCAUCUGAACAGUCAGAGUAUUGGGAAACGGUUUGGAAACUCCUACAAGCCAGCUUAUGGUUCAUUAAUUCCAGGCAACCCUAAUUUGCCACCGGAAGAAGAAGUCAUUGAUGAGGACAGUCAAGAGGACGAAGACAUUGUUCAGGACGAUAUGGAUGUGGAUGACGAUUUUGUCAAUGGGCAGUUCGAUUUGUAA